AUACAUGAGCACCAAGCAAAUAACAUUCUCAAAAGUUCAAAAUAGUUUAUCACUGAGAGAUAGCACCAAUUAAUGGAGAAAAUGAGACUGGUACUAAUUACUUUAUUCCUGUUUAUAGGUGCAGCAGUUGCAGAAGACACUGGUAUUGAUGCCAUUACUCCUGAAGAAGGCAAAGCCACUAAUAUUAUUGAGGCGUAUGAGUCACCUAGAUUCCAAAAGUUUGUGACACAUUGCAGCUCACAUGUUACUCAAACAUGCAGUGGAAAUGAUCCAUUAAAUAAUCAGGAGGCUAGUAGAAUGAAUAGUCCAUUUGGGUUGUCUUUUUGCCUUUUUGAUUCUAUGGAGAAGUGCUUGGCAGACCAUAAAGCCUCACUUAAAGAUCCCCAAGAUAACAACAACCUAGCUUCAAUGUCGUCUCUUCCUGGCUCAAUCCAAAAUCAGCCACUCCUCAUUGAGACUGUAAAAUUCAGAGCCGUCUUGAAAACCUGUUCCCAUGUCAGUGCACGAUAUUGUUUCACUAAUCCUAACGUUGCUACAUCGGCUUUAGCGGAUUGUCUCAUGCCAUCUCUCACUCAUUGUGUUUAUCCUUCUAGUAGCCCUACAACCCCGCCACCACCCCCGCCACCCCCGCCACCUGGUAUUUAGAUCUUUGAAGUACUUGCUAAUAGAAGAAUAACUGGGUUUGUUGAAUCAGCCUAUGAAAUAAUCCUUUGCCUAAUCAAGGGACAAGUCUUUAUCUCUCUUGAAACAUCCCUAGUGAUAUGUCAAUAAUACAUAUGAUUGACUUGCAAGCUUGUUUUAUGGUGAAGGAUUUAUUAUACCUUCAAUAUUCCAAUUAGCUACAUCUGGUUUGUGUAAGAAAUCUCUCGUCAUGAAUCAUGAUCGAUAAUGAAUUCCCUACUAAAUAGUAAUUAAUAAAACUUGCUUUACAUCUUCU